AUGAAUGAAGAAAAAGAAGAGCCUAUCUUAGUUGCUCCAAAUCUUAUAAAAGAAGAAUCAAUGUCAUCAAUACCAAUGGAUACACAUGAUGGUGAAACGACUUCAAAUAAUGUUGAUUCAACAUUAGAUGAAAAAGAAAAAAAUCGUCUUAAUUAUGAUCAACGUCGUAUUAGUUUAUUAAAUAAUCCAAUGUAUGGUGUUAUAUUAUGUUUUUUGGAUAAAUUCCGUACACAUAUUGAUUUACAAGAUUAUCCGUUACAUUUACUUGAAGAAAAUCUUCUAAGUGAUCAAGAAAAUAUUAGUGGUCGUUUAAUUGAUUUUCAUAUAACUUUAUUAAAACGAAUAUCAUUAGGAAAAGGUGCCCAUCGAGAUAAAUUUGUUCCAAUUAUUACUAAAUUUGCAUAUCGUUUUGAUUAUGAUGAUGGAGAACAUUUAAAAACUAAUGGUUAUUCACAAGCAGAAAUUGAUAUUAAACUCCGUAUUUUAAAAAAUUUAUUAGAAACACAAUUUGAUCAUAAUCAAACAUUUAAAACAGCUUUACUCGAAAAACAAUCAUUCGAAGUUCGUUCACAACCGUUCGGUCGUGAUCGUUCUGGUGCAUCAUAUUGGUUGUUUAUGGACAGCGAAUGUUUUAUACGUUUAUUUCGAGAAAAUACAGAUGAUGAACGAGCAUGGACAAAUAUUGCAAAAGACAAAGAUGAAUUAGAAAAUAUUAUUAAAAUACUUAUUACUGAUUAUAUUGUACGAAAAAAAUUUACUGGUAAAUUUUCUUCGAUUGAAAUAAUAAUAAUAAUUCUAAUUGACAAAAUAUUUUUU